GGACAGAGCUGUCCGUGGUCGGCAGGGUCAUUGUGUAGCUGGUGGUGGCGAGGAGAGGUGCGGGGUCAACAUGAAGAGCGCGUCCCUGUAUGAUGUCCAGAAGAGGGCCGAGACGGGUGGUGCCGAGCCUCACCAGUCGCCCUCGGCGCGACUCAGCAAGCCGUGUCUCUGCACGCUGAUAGUGCUCAGCCUGCUGAUCGUCCUCUCGCUGGCCGUGACGCUGACCCUGCUGCUGACGGGCCAUGACUGGCUGAAACUCAGCUACCUGGGUAGCAGCAAGAUGUCAAGGACGGUCACGAAAACAGCGCCAGAUUCAGCGAAAACCGGUCAAACUUCUCUCGAUAAGGCGUCCGGAAACUUGGAUACAAACGACACCAAAGCCACAACAACAGCGUCACCUCCCAGAUCCACAGUUCCUUCUCCAGAGCCGAGGUCUCCAACCACAAAGUUCUGGUUCAACGAAGUUAUCUUUUACAAACCGCGGCAUCAUAAGGCUGAUUUGCUUAACGCCAAUAUCAGCGAUGCAAGUGAUUUUCCGACUGGCAAAAUGAGCCCAAAGCCUUGGGGAGGAAACACGAGCACCGUGAUUGUUACACGAACUACCUCGUUCGCUAACAGCACAACAAACCACACGGAAACAAAGAACAGUACCGUGCCCGCGAACAGUUUUCUCCCAGACUUGUGGCAAGACUUCGCCAAAACGCUCUCGGACGCUGCUGGAAGGCACAUCCCUCUGCUUUCGAUGUUCAUGCCGACGCAGAAAGAUAAUCAAACAAGAACCAGCAUGGACUCUGGCCGGGCUGUCCCGACCUCUCCAGUCUCUCAUUUCAAGGAUGGAACGCCGAGGAGAUCUGGUAAAGGUGUCCCGAGCACGGCUGACAUCCCUUCGAGUACGGCAGCUCCUUCCACAAGCACGGCCGCUCCUUCGACAAGCACGGCGACUCCAGUCUCCAGUACGGUCGCUCCCGAAGAUCCUCCGACCACAUCAGAUCCGCAGCAGGACACACCACGACAUGGCCUCCGCGUCAGAAGGGUUCCUACAUGGAUAUUCUCCACGGGACACGCUGGGGCGUUCACCCGCAGUGGUCCCCGCUUGGGUGCAGGUGGAUCUGGAACGUAUACACGCACCUACAACCGGGCACGGAGCGGUGUGGCACACAGCUGGUCGGUCCAGGACCAGACUCGAGACGGGGUGAGGACCCACACCUCGUCAGACUCGACAGUUCGUCUCCCAGAGCAGCGCUCCUCUGGGGGUAUCCGCCUCGUCUACGACGGAGCCACGGGGACGUGGAGACGCGUCAAGCUGCCCGCCGGUGGCGCCACCUGGACCCGACCGGCCUGGCGGCCGAUGGCCGUGCCAACGCUUCGACCGUGGAGGUUCCGAAGUCCCGCUGCCGCCGGGUCGUGGGGCGUGUUCGGAAACCCUCAGAGCUCGACUUCCGAUGACGAUGAUGACGAUGAUGAUGACGCGUUUGCGGCGGCUCGCCGGAGAAUUGCAGCGGCUCGGAGGAGGAUUCACCAGUAUCAUCAGAAUGCGGGCGACUUUGGGGGGUAUACAACUUGGGGUUGAAUGUACCGCUUCAUGAACAGUGCAGAUAAACGCUGCGUUGUGGAGUGUUGAAUUGAAGUGACGCCAGACUUACCUGUUUAUAAGACGGAAUUGGUGCCAGUAGGAAAUAUCGUUCAAUACCUACCUGUGUAGCUCGGUUCCCGUCUUACCUAGCUCGCAUUCCGUAUGAGGCUGGCUGUCUAACGUUAUAACUAACGUGGUGUGGCAACUACUUUUAUGUAAUGUUAUUCUAGUUGUUACACAGCACAUGUAUUUUUUAUUUGCAAUACCAUGGUAGGCGUGUGCCACGUAGAGUACAGUUUUAUCGGUAUAAGCGACGGCCGUCUUACAUUUAGGCAUUUAUGCCGCAACUAUAUAAUAUCUAUAUCAUAAGCCACUUUUAGAGUGUAAUAAAGUUGUUUGCUUACCGAAUA